AUGAGCGAUGCAAACUGUUGGCCAAGUCUAUCAGUUUGGCAAAAUUUUAAUGAAUCCGUUCAUGGACGAUUAAUACCUGUUCAACCAUCUGUUGCGUUCUGUAGUGGUAACCCACCGAAUGAUGAUCUCUGCAAUAAUGCUCUUACUGAAUGGACAAAUUCUAAAUGGCGUAGUGAUCAAGUUGGAUCUAUGCAGAAUCAUAAUUGGGAAAAUACUUCAUGUUCAGAUCAUCUAGGGAAUGUUACGUGCACUCAAGGGUCUGUUCCUCGUUUAGCAGUAAAUGCAACAACAGUCGAGCAUGUACAAGCAACAGUACGUUUUUCUAGUGCAGAAAACCUUAGGUUAGUCAUAAAAACGACUGGACAUGAUUAUUUGGGUCGUUCGACAGCUCCGGAUUCUCUACUUCUCUGGUUACAUUAUAUGAAAAGUAUGACUUUAAUCGAACAAUAUAUUUCAUGUACUGGUGAAAAUGUAGCGAAUGCAAUUCGUCUUGGUGCUGGUGUACAAUGGGGUGAAGUAUACGCAUGGUUGUCUACCUAUAAUUUGAUAGCAAUUGGUGGUGCAUCAAUAACUGUGGGUGCUAUUGGUGGUUUUUUGCAAGGUGGCGGCCACGGGCCGUUGACUCGUUGGAAAGGUAUGGCUGCUGAUCAAGUUCUUGAAUUUGAUGUUGUCACCGCCGAUGGGCAGCGUCGAACAGUCAAUGCCUGUGAAAAUAAAGAUUUAUUUUGGGCUUUACGUGGUGGAGGUGGUGGAAGUUUUGCUGUCGUACUUUCAGCAGUGUUACGCACGUUUCCGUCGCCAUCGAUAGUUAGCGCUCUAUACACUGUUUCUGCAUUGAACGAAGAUCGUUAUGCUCGUUUCAUUCAUGAUUUUAUUCGAUUCAUACCGAUAUUAGCUGACGUAGGUUAUGCGGGCUAUUUUUACAUGACAGAUACCAGUAUUAGCAUUGCUUUGUUUGUACCAAAUGGAAAUUUUACUGUUGCUACUGCAAUAAUUGAUAAAUUGAUAAAAAAUAAUACAGAUUUACAAUUCAGUACGAAUUCUACCCAUCUGUUUCCAUCAUUUUAUGAUUAUUUUGCACUCAUAAUGGCUUCAUCGAAUCUCGCUGGUGGUAAUGUUCUACUUGGAUCCCGUCUUAUUCCGGAAGAAAUUGUUCGUGAUCAACCGGAUCGAGUGGCCGAAGCUCUUUUUCAAGCGAGAGGUCUUAGUAAAACUCAAUCAAUAUUAAUUGGACAUCUGGUAGCUGGUGGAGAAAUAGCCAAGAUAUCGAUUAAUAAUAGUGUCAAUCCAGCAUGGCGUUCAUCUCUCCUACACAUGAUUAAUGCGCAGACAUGGGAUGACGGCACAACAGUUAAUGAUCAAAACAUGAUUGCAUCACGUUUACGAGUCCAAGUCGAAAUUCUUGAUACUGUAGCAGGUGGUGCACAAUCGAGCUGUUAUUUAAAUGAAGCAGAUCCAAAUGAACCGAAUUGGAAACAGAAAUUUUUCGGCACUCUAGCGAACUAUAACCGAUUGGCAUCGAUUAAAAAAGAGCUCGAUCCAAAUGGCCUAUUCAUUUGUAGGAAUUGUGUUGGUAGUGAUGACUGGUCUACUGAUCUCAAUUGUCCGAAACGAUCGAGCGCCAAUCGAGUGGAUGUCACCAUGUUUUUAGUUUUUCUGAUGAAAUGUUUUUACACAUUUUGA